UCCUUUUAAGCCUCACUCUUCCCUCUCAACUCCUCUGUUCUCUAUCUCUCUCUCCCUGUCUGUAACAACUCUUUCUUUUUCUUUUUUUGAUCUCUCUCGAGCAAAUCUUCAUCGUCGGCCAUGGCUGAGGAGACCCAGAAGUCGGCAGCACCUGCACCGGAGACUCCUUCAACUGAGGAAGUAGUUGUGGAGAAGCCCGUUGCUGAAAAAGACCAUCCACCGGCUCCUGAACCAGAACCUGAGGCACCGGAAAAGCCUGCACCUAUUGUUGAAGAGGUGGUUGCUGUUGAAGCUGACAAAUCUAAGGAAACUGAGGAUGUUAAGAUUACCCAAUCGGCUUCUUUUAAGGAAGAGACUAAUGUUGUUGGUGAACUCCCUGAUGCUCAAAAGAAAGCGCUUGAUGAGUUGAAACAGCUUGUUCAAGAAGCACUUAAUAAGCAUGAGUUUACUGCUCCGCCUCCGCCGCCACCUGCUAAGGAAGAGGAGAAGCCGGCUGAGCCUGAAAAGGCUGAGGAAAAGGCGGAGGAGAACGCUGAAGUGAAGGAGGAUGUGAAGGUUGAAGUCAAGGAAGAAGAGCAAACUCCUGAUGCUCCUUCUACGAGUGAAGAGCCCAAAGCCGAAGAACAACCAAAAUCUGCCGAGGCUGAGACUGUAUCCCCACCACCUCCACCGCCAGUGGAAGCAAAAGAGAAAGAGAAGGUUGAAGUUCAAGAAGAGGAGAAGGUGGAAGAAAAAGAAGAAAAGAAAGAUGAGCCACUGGCGGAAGCUGUUGUGGUCGCUGAAGAGGUGGUGGCGAAGGUUACUACUGUGGAUGAGGAUGGAGCCAAGACAGUGGAGGCAAUUGAGGAAACCGUAGUAGCAGUUUCUUCGACUCCUACUGCUGCAGAGGAGCCAGCCCCCGCCAAAGAAGCUGAGGCAGCUCCAGUGGAGGAACCCAAAGCAGAGGAAACACCUGCUCCUCCUCCACCACCACCGGAAGAAGUUUUCAUCUGGGGAAUCCCACUUCUUGGAGAUGAGAGGAGUGAUGUAAUCCUCUUGAAAUUCCUGAGAGCCAGAGAUUUCAAGGUGAAGGAUGCCUUCGCCAUGAUCAAGAACACCGUGCGCUGGAGAAAGGAGUUUGGAAUCGAUUCUCUGCUUGAAGAAGACCUUGGAAAUGAAUUACAGAAGGCUGUGUUCAUGCACGGAUUUGACAAAGAAGGCCACCCUGUGUGCUACAAUGUUUUUGGUGCUUUCCAGGACAAGGAGCUCUACCAAAAUUGCUUCGCUGACGAGGAGAAGCGUGUGAAAUUCCUGCGAUGGAGGAUUCAAUUCUUGGAGAAAAGCAUCAGGAAGCUUGAUUUCAGUCCAAAUGGUAUCUGCACUAUAGUCCAAGUCAAUGAUCUGAAGAAUUCUCCUGGGCCUUUCAAGAGGGAGCUCAGGCAAGCCACCAAUCAAGCCCUUGCUUUGCUUCAAGAUAACUAUCCUGAAUUUGUUGCCAAACAGGUGUUCAUCAAUGUUCCAUGGUGGUAUCUUGCAUUCAACAGGAUGAUCAGUCCAUUCCUGACACAGAGGACCAAGAGCAAGUUCGUUUUCGCUGGUCCAUCAAAAUCUGCAGAGACCCUUUUCAAAUAUGUAGCUCCUGAGCAAGUUCCAGUUCAGUAUGGAGGAUUAAGCAGGGAAGGAGAACUAGAAUUCUCUGUUGCUGAUUCUGUAACAGAGGUUAUAGUUAAGCCUGCAACCAAAUAUACUGUUGAAUUCUCAUUUUCUGAGAGGUGCCUUCUCUUGUGGGAACUCCGAGUCGUGGGUUCGGAGGUGAGCUAUGGAGCUGAGUUCGUGCCGAGUGCAGAGGAUGGCUACACAGUUAUUAUAUCAAAAACCAGGAAGAUUAGUCCAAGUGAUGAACCUGUAAUCUGUGACAGCUUCAAGAUUAGUGAAUCUGGCGAGGUUGUUCUUACCAUUGAUAACCAAACCUCCAAGAAGAAGAAGCUUCUCUACAGGACAAAGACUAAACCCUUGUCUGAAUGAGCUUCAGGAAUCUAAUGCCAUUGUUGGGUUUCAGUUUCCAAUCAAUUGAAGAAUGGAAUUGCAGAAAAUUGUCAUUAAAAACAGGGUUUUUUUGGGUUUAAAUUGAAAUUUGUUCUAUAAAGUAUGGGGAAUUUAUUUAUUAGUUUUAUUUUUCUUGUGGGGGGUUGUUAUUUGGUGUUGGAUUGGAUACAAAUUACUGGUAAAGAACAAUCUGGUAUUGUGGAAUGUGAAUGUUUCUGUCUCCAUUACGGACAGUGUCUCUGUUGUUAUUCUUCUGUAAAAUCCGUGUAAAUUUGAAAUGUAAAACCUUUCAUCCAUUUGUUACAUACAGAUUAAUUUCACCA